GUGGAGUUUGAGCAACCGCACAUGGGAAGUUACGCUGCAUACGAAGAUGAUGAUUACAAGAGGCUAAGGGUAGUGAGCUGUUGUUCCACGUUUCUCCACACAACUCCCUAUGUAGUGUAUCUCAAAGAACCCGCAAUCAAAUCCCCUGAGACCAGAAAUCUCAAAGAGCAGCUAUCGCGAUGUUUCUACACCUUAUGGCCGCUGUCUCCAACCGCCAUGUCACUGUAUCGGAUGAAAACGAAGGACCAGUUGUCAAUAUUGCGGCUUGGAUAGGAAUGACCCUCGCAGUGAUUUUUGUUUUUAUCCGCAUUGGCUCAAAGUGGAGCGUUCUUCGAAAGUGGAAGGUUGACGAUACAAUGAUCGUGGCUGCAAUGAUACUUGCAAUUGCUCACACGACUGAAAUUUCAUUGAUGGUAGCCAACGGUUUAGGCCGACCUCAAUAUGUUCUCGACAGCGAGACUAUGAAGGCUUUUGAACAACAUGGUUACGCGUCGCAGCUUCUUUACAUUCCCUCACUGUGUCUCUCGAAACUCUCGACUCUGGUCUAUCUCCGAGCUCUUUCCCCAGAAACACCUUACGCCCUCCUGACUCGAAUCCUUAAAGUGUUUAUUGUGCUUUGGGGGAUAAGUCUUGAGCUCGUGAUCGCUUUCCAGUGUGGGCUUCCAGAUCUUUGGGCAAUAAUCUCUGGGAGAUGUUUCAAUAUGAUACCAGUCUGGAAUUCAGUCGGAGUCCUGGAUAUCCUAACUGACUUUGCUAUUAUUUUUCUCCCAGCGUACCUCGUUUGGAGCGUCCAAAUGGCUCUUAGGAAGAAAGUAUUCGUAGUUCUCAUCUUCGGAACGCGGAUCCUCAUUGCACCCCUCGUCAUCCUUCGCCUUUACUACAUAAAUACAGAUAGCUCACCCUUGUUGCCAAAUCAAACUCUGAUAUCCUACCAUGCGUACCUCGCCACAACCAUACAACUCAACCUCGCUAUCGUAGUCUCUUGCAUUCCCUUCAUGAAACCGUUCAUGGAAAAUCUAUCUACCGGAGGCUUCACCUCAACUCUAGAUCCAAUGGAUAGUUCAUUCACCCACGGCACCAAGAGCAAAUUCAGCACUUUCAUCUCAAGCCAUUCAAGCAGCAGCCGCAAACCCACCAACCCCGACAGCAUUGGCAUGGACAGUAUGCCCUCACAUCCUCCAACUCACUCGGUCCGCCCCGCUACCUCCAGGCAAUCGAGAUCAAUCCCAGACAAAGAUUAUUGCUUCGGGCUCGAAAGUACGAUCGCAAGCAGUAGCAAUCAAGGAGAUCUGGGAACGCUGAGACCGGAUAAGGUGACUAGCUAUAGCCAUAUCCGCCACGUUACACCCGAGCCGAACAGUGGAAGGAGCAGUCUCGAAAGCGAUAGGAUGAUCAUCAAGAAGAGGACUGAGUGGGAUGUGGACUACGAACCAUUUCCUGUUCUCCCAAGGCUGCCCAGAUAAGGAUGGCUCAGCAUUAGAGCUGAGAGCUGAGAAGACUUCAGCGAGUAUGACACGAUGGCAGGAGAAGCUGGGCAAAAGGGAUGCGUUGCCAUUCCUUUCUCGUUGCAGCAAGAACCAUUGCCAUUGCUAUGGUGACACCGAGUCUUAAUAGAACAUCUGUGGGCCUUUUUUUUGGAAUGGAUUUGUCACGACCAAAAAGGAGGGAGUGCCAGAUGGAGCAAGUUCACAAACUCUCCAGUGCAUUUGGCCCUGCAAGUGUUGAGGAGGAGACAGCAGUUCAGGAAGUAGGAAGGACCAAGACAGGGUUG